AUGAACAAGGGUGGUUUGGGUGUGAAGAAUUUGAAGCUUACAAACUUAGCUCUUUUGUCUAAGUGGAUUUGGAGGUAUACUGGGGAGAAUGAAGCUUUGUGGAGAAGGAUUGUCCAGGAGAAAUGCAAAGGAAACAAGGAUGUGUAUUUACCUGUGGAUGACAAUUCAUCACAGGGAAGGAGUUUCUGGAAAAACAUUUUAAAAACAAGUCAUUUGGUUCAAAAAAAUUGUACUUUUCAGGUGAAGAAUGGGAAAGCAACAAGAUUUUGGUAUGACAAAUGGUGUACCAAUGGUGUUCUCAAAGACAGAUAUCCAGCUGCUUUCAAAGCCUGUAAAAACAAGAAUGCUUCAAUUGUUGAAAUGGUGGUUAAUGGAAGGCUUGUGUGUAAUACAAGAAGGAGUAUGAAUGGUGCUGAACAACUGCAAUGA